GUGCUGAAGCGCUGCAAUGGCAUGAAGUUUUCGCGCGUGGGCCAUGGCAAGCCCGGGUCCAGCACCACGACUAGGGCCGCGAGGACAUGUCGAGGUAAAGCGCACGCGGAAGUCCACUGCAUCGACUGCGACCUUGGAGCCUUUGGACAAAGGUCUUGCCUUGCACAGCAGUGCCAGUGCAGAAUUGCCCACUCUUCGACGUCAGAAAGGUGCGUCCACUGUGUCAACUGUGUCCUUGCAUCGUGAGAAAGUCUAUGAAGAGUGCUCUAUAGAGAUACAGGACAGUCGCAAUCUCCCAAACUCCGUGCCUGGGAAUGUGAAUGGCAAGGCGCCUAUUCAGACGGCGAAGAGAAGCCGCUCUGAAUCGAGAAGUGACCUGCAGAGACAGAUGUCCGGCGCAAGUCUGGAACCGCAGUGGAUCAAAGACAAGAAGCCGCUAUCACGUGAUUGGAGGGUGGCGGCAGCAAGAGCAGUGGAGGAUAGAGCCCUCCGACAGAGAAAGCAGGUGAGCAUUUCCCUUUCACAAGGAGAGCUGGAAGUGAAAGAGCAAGACGGGAGGGCUUUGCCAAGACAAGGCACAGCAGCAUUCCAGGCGCCACAACGAGAACUGACGGCCUACGAAAAGGUUUGUUUCGAAAAUCGUCUUUUGCCGAAGUUCAUGACCAAAGUCAAAGACGCGGUCUCAGGACCAGUUCUUGACCUUUGCUCUUGCGGUUUGGGUGAUGAUCAGCUGGUAGCGGUCUUUGCGUGGGGGCCUUAG